AACAUGUUGAGACACAUGCAUCGCUCUGGGUUCCAGCCUUUCAACCAACGUCUUCUGCCCUGGGUCCAGUCCAUGGCUGUGCCCAGAUCCCAUCGUGUCCAGCCUUCAGCUGUCAGACAUGUUCGUUCUUGGAGCAACAUCCCCUUUAUCACAGUACCCCUCAGUCGUGCCCAUGGCAAGCCCUUUGCCCACCGAAGUGAGCUGAAGCAUGCCAAGAGAAUCGUGGUGAAACUCGGCAGCGCCGUGGUGACCAGGGGAGAUGAGUGUGGUCUGGCACUAGGGCGCCUGGCAUCAAUUGUUGAACAGGUCUCGGUGCUGCAGAAUCAGGGCCGAGAGAUGAUGCUGGUCACCAGUGGAGCCGUUGCCUUCGGCAAGCAGCGCCUGCGCCAUGAGAUCCUUCUGUCUCAGAGUGUGCGGCAGGCGCUGCACUCGGGGCAGAACCAGCUGAAGGAGAUGGCAAUUCCAGUCUUAGAGGCCCGAGCCUGUGCAGCUGCUGGACAGAGUGGCCUGAUGGCCUUGUACGAGGCUAUGUUUACCCAGUACAGCAUCUGCGCUGCCCAGAUUCUGGUAACCAACUUGGACUUCCACGAUGAGCAGAAACGCAGAAAUCUCAACGGCACACUGCACGAGCUGCUGCGGAUGAAUAUCGUGCCCAUCAUCAACACAAACGAUGCUGUCGUUCCCCCAGCUGAGCCCAACAGUGAUCUCCAGGGGGUAAAUGUUAUUAGUGUGAAGGAUAAUGACAGCCUGGCUGCCCGGCUGGCGGUGGAAAUGAAAACUGACCUCCUGAUUGUCCUUUCAGAUGUGGAAGGCCUCUUUGACAGUCCCCCAGGCUCAGAUGACGCAAAGCUCAUUGAUAUAUUCUAUCCUGGAGAUCAGCAGUCUGUGACGUUUGGAACCAAGUCAAGAGUGGGAUUGGGGGGCAUGGAAGCCAAGGUGAAAGCUGCCCUCUGGGCUUUGCAAGGUGGUACCUCUGUCGUCAUUGCCAACGGAACCCACCCAAAGGUGUCCGGGCAUGUCAUCACAGACAUCGUGGAGGGGAAGAAAGUCGGCACCUUCUUUUCAGAAGUCAAGCCUGCUGGCCCUACGGUGGAGCAGCAGGGGGAGAUGGCUCGAUCGGGAGGGAGGAUGCUGGCCACGUUAGAUCCCGAACAGAGAGCCGAAAUUAUCCAUCAUCUGGCUGACCUGCUGACGGACCAGCGGGAAGAGAUCCUGUUAGCCAACAAAAAGGACAUGGAGGAGGCCGAGGGAAGACUUGCGAGCCCUCUGCUGAAACGCCUGAGCCUCUCCACGUCCAAACUGAACAGCCUGGCCAUCGGGUUACGGCAGAUUGCCGCCUCCUCCCAGGAUAGCGUGGGCCGCGUCCUACGCCGGACUCGAGUUGCCAAAAACCUGGAACUAGAGCAAGUGACUGUCCCAAUAGGUGUUUUAUUGGUGAUCUUUGAGUCUCGCCCUGACUGUCUACCCCAGGUGGCGGCCUUGGCUAUUGCAAGUGGCAAUGGCUUGUUGCUGAAAGGAGGGAAGGAGGCCGCCCACAGCAACCGCAUUCUUCACCACCUGACCCAGAAGGCCCUGUCCAUCCAUGGAGUCAAGGAGGCCAUACAGCUGGUGAAUACCAGAGAAGAAGUAGAGGAUCUCUGCCGCCUUGACAAAAUAAUAGAUCUCAUCAUCCCUCGAGGCUCCUCCCAGCUGGUCAGAGACAUCCAGAAAGCUGCCAAGGGGAUCCCGGUGAUGGGCCACAGCGAGGGCAUCUGCCACAUGUAUGUGGAUUGUGAGGCCAGUGUGGACAAGGUCACCCGACUUGUCAGAGACUCCAAGUGCGAAUAUCCGGCUGCCUGCAACGCUUUAGAGACUUUGCUCAUCCACCGGGAUCUGCUCAGAACACCCUUAUUCGACCAGAUCAUUGAUAUGCUGAGAGUGGAACAGGUAAAAAUUCACGCAGGCCCCAAGUUUGCCUCCUACCUGACCUUCAGUCCCUCAGAAGUAAAAUCACUCCGAACAGAGUAUGGGGACCUAGAAGUGUGCAUUGAAGUGGUGGACAGCGUCCAGGAAGCCAUUGAUCACAUCCAUAAGUACGGCAGCUCUCACACAGAUGUCAUCGUCACAGAGAACGAGAAAACAGCGGAGUUCUUCCUCCAGCACGUUGACAGCGCCUGCGUGUUCUGGAAUGCCAGUACUCGCUUCUCUGAUGGCUACCGCUUCGGACUGGGAGCUGAAGUGGGAAUCAGUACAUCACGAAUCCACGCCCGGGGACCAGUAGGCCUCGAGGGAUUGCUAACCACUAAGUGGCUGCUCCGAGGGCAAGACCACGUGGUCUCAGACUUCUCCGAGCACGGCAGCCUAAAGUAUCUUCACGAGACCCUCCCAGUUCCCCAGAGGAAUUUCAGCUGAGAGGAGCCAGACUGUCAGGACUGUUCUGUGCAGUCUGGCACAGUUAGGCUCCUCAAGAAUCUCCAGAGAGAACCUGGUCUUGUCCCCCACUUCUUGGAAGGGGUCUGCCAUCCUGAAAGACCACCCACAGUCCUGGCUCAGCUCAGCACUUCCAGCCUUA